AUGAGGCCCCCAGUCCUGUGCGCUGCCCUGCUCUGGCUCCGGGCCUUCCUGGCCAAGUUGGUCUGCGCUGGGCGAACCAGCCACCGCUCCGCACUUGCCGAAGCCCAGUGGGCCUGGCUGCCUGGCGUGUGCCUGAUGCCCCCUAGUCUUUCCGUCAGACAGAGGCCGGCCUCUCUCCCUGGGUGCCCCUCAGAGGCCUCUGCCCAUCCCCCCUCCCCUCCCCUCUCUCCACAGGAGGACUGCGGAGCAGGGCGCCCAGACGGAGCCAGUGGAGGACCACCUCUGACCGUGCACAUUAGUGGCCAGGGGAAGCCUGGGAGUCUGUCGCUGGGCUGGACAGCCCCGGGGCUGGGCCGAUCCAGCCAUGUCCGCCUCACGCGGCUCGGCCCCCUGGGCUCCCCCGAAGGGCCGCAGCUGCAGGCCCUCACCAAUGCGUCCAGCUUCGAGUUCCAAGGCCUGGAGCCCGGGAGUGCCCACCGCCUGGAAGUGACAGCCCUGCGGCCCUGUGGGCAGAACGCCACGGUCGUCCUCACUGCCCACGCCGCCCCGUCGACCGUCCGUGACCUGCAGCUCCGGAGCCCCGGCCACCCCUCCGGCCUGCAGGCCUCGUGGGGUGCCGCCCCCGGGCAGCAGGACGGCCACCGCCUCCUCCUGUACCACCUGGAGUCGCAGACGCUGGCGCACAACAUCUCCGUGCCCCCAGACGCCCUGUCCUACAACUUCAGCGGCCUCCUAGCAGGCAGCGAGUAUGUUUUGGAAGUUGCCACCUGGGCUGGCCACCUCCAGGCGAAGACCAGCGUCCACCAGUGGACAGACCCCGGGCCGCCGGGUCAGCUGGUGCUGCGUGCCCUGGGCCCCAGCGCCCUGCAGGCCUCCUGGAACGGGUCGGAGCGGGCCGCCUGGCUCCAUCUCAUGCUCAGGGACCUUCUGGGUGGCGCCAACCUCACUGCAGCUGUCCGACGGGGGGUCUCCAGCCACACCUUCCGUCACCUGUCCCCGGGCACGCCGUACGAGCUGAUGCUCAGCGCCGCUGCCGGCCCGCACCAGGCGGCCGGGCCCAGGGCCAUGGAGUGGACGCUCCCUGCUCCUCCCUCCGACUUGAGCCUGAGCCUCGUGGCCCAGUCUCCCGCCCUGAGGGCCUCCUGGGCGCCCCCGCCGGGGGGCAGAGAUGGCUUCCAGCUGCGGCUGUACCGCCUGAGGCCGCUGAGCCUGGAAAGCACGGGCACCCUGGCCCCCGAAGCUCGGAACUUCUCCUGGGCCUCGCUGCCCCCGGGCACCGAGUUCCGGCUGCUGCUGGUCACCCUGCGGGGGCCGGACCAGAGCCGCAGCGCCAACGCCUCGGCCUGGACGGCCCCCGUCGCCCCCCGUCUGGUAAAUGUGACCAGCGAAGGCCCCACCUGGCUCCGAGCCUCCUGGGUCCAUGCUCCUGGCGGCCGGGAUGGCUACCAGGUGACCCUGUACCAGGCUGGUGCCCGGGCAGCGGCCAGCACUGUGGGCGCAGAGGUGGACAGCGCCAGCUUCUCGGCUCUGACCCCCGGCACGCGGUACGAAGUGGUGGUUCUGUCGCAGGCUGGGCCCCUGCACACAGCGGGAGAUAAUGUGCUUGGAACCCUGCUCAUGCCCAGCGAGCUGCUGGUGUCCAUGCGGGCAGGCAGCGCCGUGAUCAGCCUGGUCUGGGCCAGCGGCCCCCUGGGGCGGGCAGUAUGCUGUGCCCAGCUCUCAGGGGCUGGACGUCUCUUCCGGGAGCAGCCCCUGGUGCUGGGCCAAGCCCAGCUGGUCCUGAGGGACCUCCCGCCUGGACGCAACCUCUCCCUGACCGUGCUGUGCCGGGCGGGGCCGCUGCAGGCGUCCACUCACCCCGUGGUGCUGCCCGUUGAGCCCGGCCCUGUGCAGGACGUGCAGUGCCAGCCCAAGGCCACCCGCCUGGGCCUGAGCUGGACGGUGCCCGCGGGGGACGUGGGCACCUGUGCGGUGCUGGUGGAGCAUCUGGAGCUAGGAGGGAGCGCCCGGCGGGUCUUCGAGGCCAGCGCGUCCGGGGGGGCCCUCCAGCUGCCCGGCCUGCUGCCCGCCACCCGCUACCGCCUCAGCCUCCACGUGCUGGGCAGCAACGGUCUGUGGAGCCGGACGGUCACGCUGGUGUGCGCCACCUCUGCGGACGCCUGGCGCCCCCCAGAGUUAGCCGCAGCCCCCCAGCUGGCGCCACGGCCGCAGAUGGGUGUGGUGCUCACACGGGGCUUGUUUGGUGAGGACGACGGGCAGAUCCAGUGGUACGGUGUCAUUGCCAGCACCAACGCGUCACUGGCUCGGCCCCCCCGCGAAGCCGUCAACCGCACGUGGCACGACCACUUCUACGGGGGACACGACUCCUACCUGGCCACCCUGCUUCCCAGCCCCUUCCACCCGGGGCCCUGGGCCACGCCGGGAGCCUGGGCGGUGCCCGUGGGCACGGAGGACUGUGGCCAAGCUCGGGAGAUAUGUAACGGGCAGCUGAAGCCGGGCUCCCAGUAUCGGUUCAGCGUCGUGGCUUUUACCAGACUUGGCCCCCCCGAGACCACCUUCUCCUUCUCAGCCUUCUCAGAGCCCCGGACCUGCGUGUCCCAGCGGGCGGCGCCUCUGCCGGUGGCAGUGGCGGUGGGCGCCGCGGCGGGCUGUGUCCUUGCCACCUGUGCCGCGCUGGGCCUGCUGCACUGGAGGCGGGCGAGGGGGCAGAGGACAGAGAAGCAUCGAUUCUCCCCAGAGACGACAGUUCACAGUCUGCGGCGGACCCACCGGCCGAUCCCGAGUCACAGCUUCCGGCAGAGCUUUGAGGCCAAGAGCGCCCAUGCCCAGCAGGCUUUCUUCCAGGAGUUUGAGGAGCUGAAGGAGGUGGGCAAGGAGCAGCCCAGACUGGAGGCCGAGCACCCCGCCAACGCCUCUAAGAACCGCUACCCGCACGUGCUGCCCUAUGACCACUCCCGGGUCCGGCUGGCCCAGCUGCAGGGAGACCCCCACUCCGACUAUGUCAACGCCAGCUUCGUCCCCGGCUACACCCAUCCCCAGGAGUUCAUCGCCACCCAGGGGCCUCUCAAGAAAACCCUGGGGGACUUCUGGCGGCUGGUGUGGGAGCAGCAGGUCCGCAUCAUCGUCAUGCUGACCGUGGGCAUGGAGAAUGGGCGGGUGCUGUGUGAGCACUACUGGCCGGCCGACUCCACCCCCGUCACUUACGGUCACAUCACUGUCCACCUCCUGGCCGAGGAGCACGAGGAUGAGUGGACACAGAGGGAGUUCCAGCUGCAGCACACGGCCCAGCCCCAGCGGCGGGGAGUCAAGCAGCUGCAGUUCACCACCUGGGCCGACCACAGUGUCCCCGAGGGCCCCGGCUCCCUGCUCACCUUCGCGGACCUGGUGCGGGAGCAGGCGAGGGCCACCCAGGGCCCCGGGCCCAUCCUGGUGCACUGCAGUGCGGGCGUGGGCCGCUCGGGCACCUUCGUGGCGCUGGUCAGGCUGCUGCAGCAGCUGGAGGAGGAGCAGGCGGUGGACGUGUUCAACGCCGUGUGUGCUCUGCGGCUGCACCGGCCGCUCAUGAUCCAGACCCCGAGCCAGUACAUCUUCCUGCACAGCUGCCUCCUGAGCAAGAUUCUGGAAGGGCCCUCGGCCAGCUCCCGGGCCGGGAGGACCAGAGGUGGGAGCUGGAGAACCCCCAGCGCCCCCUCGCCUGUCCGCCCCGGCCCCAGGCCCCAGCGCAUUGCCGUGACCGACUUUGCACAGGCUUGUGCCGAGAGGGCCAUGAAUGCCAACGCCGGCUUCCUGGUGGAGCACCAGCUCUUGCUCCAGGCCAUCUCAGCGGCUGGCUCGGUGCCGCCCCCUCCUGGCUGCAAGCAGGACAGCACGGCCUCCUAUGACCGCUCUACAGCGUGGCUUUCUCUGGAGGACGAGGGGAGCCCCCCUGACGAGAUGCCCGGAGCCUGGCUCUUCCCCGGCGGGCCUUCGGGCCACGACCACGUGGUGCUGAUGGGCCCCGCCCGGCCCCGGGAGCUCUGGCAGCUGGUGUGGGAGCACCGGGCCCAGGUGCUGAUCUCCCUGUGCUCCCCGUACACCCAGGACGAGGUGAGGGGCCGCGGGACAGAGGGCGGAGGCUUCAGAUUGGGAUUGGGAAGGGCGUCUGUACUGUGGCCGCCGACCAGGGUGGGCAGAGAGCCGGGGGAGCUGCCUGAGCAGCCCUGACCUGUCCGGUCACAGGACUUCUGGCCUACGGAGCUGCAGCCCAUUGUCACGGGCCCGGUGACAGCGCGCUGGGAGGCCGAGAGCGACGCAGCGGGCUGGCCCUGCACCCUGCUCAGGGUCACACAGGGGGACAGCGGGAAGGAGAGGCAGGUGCGGAGAUUGCAGUUUCCGCGCUGGGAGCCGGGGCCUGAGCUGCCCGCCUCCACCCUGCUGCCGUUCCUCGCUGCCGUGGGCCGGUGCUGCUCCCGGGGCUCGGAGAAGCCGGGCACGGUGCUCAGCCACUGCAGCAAGGAUGCGGCCCAGCUGGGCACCUUCCUGGCCAUAGAUCAGCUGCUGCAGCAGGCGGGGGCCGAGCAUGCCGUGGACAUCUUCAGCGUGGCCCUGCAGCAAUCACAGGCCUGUGGCCUUAUGACCCCGACACUGGAGCAGUACAUCCACCUCUACCAGUGUCUGAACAGCGCGCUGGCCGACGGGCUGCCCUGAGUGGUCAGGAGGCCUUUGUCUGCGGGCAGCGCCGGCCAGCCCCCUGCGGGAUGGAGGGCAGGGUCCGGGAAUAAAGAGUGUGGUGGAGCCCGA